AUGGUCCUGCUGUGCCCCUUGGAGCUGCUCAUCAUCCUGCUGCUCCUGCAGGUUACUGCUGCUGACAGUUUUUCUCAUGAAAUUGAAAAUUUCAGUUUAAGACAAGCUGUCAGAAGGAAGAGUAUUCAGUGGAUGGAUUCUUACCAGUCAGACAGUCUGCAGCCUCUGAAGAGAACAAAAAGAGCCUGGGUUAUCACCACCAUUGAUAUUCAAGAGGAAGACAAAGGACCAUUCCCCAGAUAUGCUGGACAGCUGUUCAAUAAUAGAUCAUACAACACAUCACUGAGGUAUUUAAUCAGUGGACCUGGGGUGGAUGAGGCUCCAGAGGUCGGAUUGUUUUCCAUAGAAGAUGAUGCCAAUGGACACGUGUACGUCCAUCGCACCAUCGACAGGGAGAGGACUCCAACCUUCCAGAUUCGUUUUGAUGUUGAGAACAAAAAAUCUGGUGAGCUGCUGGACCGCCCUAUAUUUUUCAAGAUAAAGGUUAAAGAUAUCAAUGACAAUGCACCCGAGUUUUCCAUGGAAGAAUAUGGCACUACAAUAAGAGAGAACCACAGUAAAGAUGAGCCAGUUAUCCAAGUCACAGCCCUGGACAAAGACGAAGUGGGCACUGUGAACUCACAGGUGUCCUAUUCUAUAAGUAUACAAAUGCCCUCUCCAGAUGGACUCACAUUUCACAUUGAUCCAACCACAGGAUCAGUAUUUCUGUCAGGAUGCCUGGAUUAUAAGACUGCCAGCUCUUUCAACCUUCUGAUUAAAGCCAGUGACCAUGGAAGUCCCCAGCUGUCAUCUGCUGCAACAGUGACUGUCGCUGUUGAAGAUGCAAACAAUCACCUCCCUGCAUUUACUAGUGAUAAUUACCAUCUGCAGAUUUCAGCAGGAGAAGAACAUCCAGCUGUGUUACGGCUCCAAGUGGAAGAUAAAGACUCUCCCAACACUCCAGCAUGGAGAGCAAAAUACAAAAUAGUAAAGGGCAAUGAGGAGGAGCAGUUCACCAUUGAGACAGAUCCAGCCACAAAUGAAGGCAUUUUGAGUGUUAUCAAGCCUCUCAGCUAUGAAGGUGACCCCAAGAUGAGACUUGUCAUUUCUGUAGCAAAUGAAGAACCUUUCUUCUGGUGUAAAAAUGGCACUGUGAUGAUCUCUGAUCUGGAAUCCACUAACACCACUGUGAGCAUCGAGGUCUUACAGUCACAACGUGCUCCAAGGUUUCAUCCUCCUAUCCUUAUUGUCCAAAAGGAAGAUUCAAUGAAGCCUGGGAGGAUAUUUCGAAAGUAUCCUGCCACAUAUCCAGAUGAUGUGCCAAAUAAGAUAAAAUAUGAACUAGCCAGUGACCCAGAUGGUUGGCUGAGAGUGGAUGAGAACUCUGGUGUCCUUACUGUGGCAAAAGAAUUUGAUCAAGAAUCCCCCUUCUUGAACAACAGCGUGUACACCAUUAUUGUUCAUGCUACUGAUCAUGGCAAGCCCCCACAGACUGGUACAGGCACCAUCCUGCUUUACUUGUCUGACAUUGAUGAUCAUAUGCCAUCAUUGGUGGCUCCUGCUUUAGAUGUGUGUGACAAAACAGAAGGGACACCUCUCCUUAUAGAAGCCAAGUCUGCUCUGGCCCAUUCCCAUUCAGGGCCAUUUACAUUUGAGCUGGCUGAGGACUCUGAAGAUGUGAAGCGUAACUGGACAUUAGGAAGGAACUUUGGGCAGUCAGUUGAACUUCUGAUGUUAAGAAGCCUCCCACAAGGCAGCUACUUGGUGCCCAUCAUUAUUCAGGACAGGCAAGGAUUUUCCAGAAGGCAGAACCAGCACAUCAGGCUCUGCUUUUGUGCAGAUGGACACACAUGUAAAUAUUCACCAGUUCUACCAGCAGGAGUGGGACUUGGAAGUGGUGCCAUUGUGAUAAUACUGAUGGCUUUCUUAUUACUACUGGUAUCCAGCAUCAUGCUCUGCCGGUGCUACUGGUCAGGGGCUAAAAGCAAAGCCAUUGCUCCACCCCAGGAAGGUGAACAGACUUUAAUCACCUACAAUGAAGAGAGCAGAAGUGCUUUUUCUGAGAAUGGCUGCUUCACUGGGUAUGAGACAUCCCUAGCCAGACACCUGGACUGCUUCAUACAGACAGUGGGCAGAGCACUGGCUCAGAAAGUGUAUUACCAAAGCACACUGGAAGAUUACAGGGACAUGUGUGAACCUUGCAGAUACACUGAGGAAGGAGAAUUAGAGCCCAGUAACUCCCCCUGCUCCAUCUCCAUUAGCAGUGAGGACCUGCCUGAUGAUUUCUUGAACACUCUGGGACCAAUGUUUUGUGCUCUGGAAGAGAUCUGUCAGAAGUGA